AUGGCGGGAGUUCAAAAAGUUUGCCUUUCUAAUUUAAAUAUUAAUUUUAAUAAUGCAUUAAUUGUCGGAAUUAUUAUAGCCAAAAAUAGUCCCCGUACGAUAGGGUCGAAAAAGAAGAAUGGAGAAUCACGAGGAGUGAUGUCUUUUACAUUACGCGAUUCCAAUAUUGAUACAAUUAAUGCGGACGUUUGGGGUUCAGAAUAUUUUGUUACAACAUUUUACGAAAGAUUUCUUGUAGGCGACGUUGUUGCUAUCUCAAAUCCAAAGAUUUGUAUCAAAAGUGGUGACAAUGAAAUUUAUAGACCGCAAGCUACUUCUCCAUUUUACUUGUCACUGAAUGAAGGGGCAUCCGACAUGUGCAUAUUUGACGGAGAUACGUUCGGCUCUUAUUUACCCCUCCUCCAUAUUCCGACCAAGCCUUGCGCAGGGUAUUGUGGUCUUUCAGAAGUCAUGAAAAUUACAGAACAGACAAACAAUGUUUACGUAGACUUAUUGGUAGUAGUUAAGGCUGUGAAACCUGCGAAAACUAUCAGAACAAAAGCAGGUACUGACAUGACGGUAUGCACCGUUGAAAUAAUGGACAAUACUACACCUGCUUCUUUAAUCCUCGAUAUAUUUGAUAUUGAUACAAUCCAAAGAACUGAACAAUGGCGUCCAUUAGAAAGCGUGCUCUUCAUCGCUGACGUCCGCGUGUCAUGGCGUAGUUUUGCUGUGCGGGUGCAGACGUGCUCCCGAAGCGUGGUCACACAUCAGCCGCACACCCCUGAGGCAGAGUCUCUGCGGCUUUAUAUACGAAAUCAGGCUAACACACGCGGAGGAGAAGCUGCCGCUUGGGCCGCUUGGAGCGGAGAGCGCGCGAAUACAGCCUCCGUAUCUCAAAUAAGAGACCGUCUCAGCAACGGGGCUCCAUUUUGCGCAGCACUCCAUGCACUUCUCACUCAUCUUGAUUUAGAUGAGUUUGUGACAUCCAAGGAUGGAAAUUUGGAAGAAUUGAGGGUACGUUUUGCAGAUCAUACUGGCGAAUUAAACGCAAGAAUGCCUGUUAAUGUUGUCGAAGACGCUUUUGGUUAUACUGUUGAUCAAUUCAUUUCAAUGUCGGCAAGCGAUAGAGCGUCUAUCCGUUGGAGAUAUCUGUUGGAACAAUGCAGUACAAAGAUAGCCGUAACUCCACCGCGCCUCAUUGUCUUAUGUUUACGACGUGCUUCACCAGCGGAUCCAAUACCAUUAUAUUAAUUAAUUACUUAAAAAGUUCU